AAGUAUUCUCUGUCUGUGAGUCCUAAAUUAAUUUGUGUGUUUUCAUUUUUUAAACAAUUAUUUAAGACGAUAGCCUUUGAUGGAAAGAUAAUUGCAUAAACUAUUAUAAGGUUUAUAAUUUGAUGCGUAUGGUAAACUUUAAGCCAAAUGUGAAAUAAAUUGGCAAAAAUAUCAAGGUAAAUAUGUCGUUGUACGAUGGUUUGGAUGACAAAGAUGAUGGAACAUCUAAAACAGAUGUGGCUGGAUGGUCAUCAAGUUUAAAGUUAAUGCAGUCGCAGUUACAGGCAAAGAAAGCUAAUUUAAUGCAGGUUAAGAAACAGAAACCGAGCAGCAAUACAAUGGCACCUGUGAUAGAUUUGAAGAAGAAUGACUUAUACAGUGAUCUGCAUUUCAAUAUGUUAACAGGCAGAUUAGAAAGAUUGUCAGAAAGUACAACAGGUGGCUCUCCGUUUCUUCCAUCUGAUCCUCAGUCUUCAUUAACAGGUGUCAUCGAUGAAUAUGACCCUUUACGUCCUAAUGAUUAUGAGGACUUCACAAAGAAACGAAAGGAACAAAGACUAAAGGAGAGAGAAGAAGAAAAGCAUAAAAACUUUGAUGAUGAUAGAAGGUAUGGUGAUUCAGAUGAACCAGAACCUAGACGAAGAUCAGAAGACAACUGGAAUCGUAACCAUAGAGAUAGUCCAGACCAAAGACAAAAGCUUGGAAAGGAUGAUGAACCUACUCAGCGACCGAGACACAACAAAAACUGGAAAAAUGGGGAAGAUAAUUCAGUUUAUGAUCCGAGACAGAAGUCUGGAAAUGAUGAUGACACUCCUCAAAGACAUAGAUACAACAAAAGCUGGAAUCAUGGAGAAGAAAGUCCAGGCCAUGAUCCCAGACAAAAGUCUGGAAAUGAUGAUGACACUCCUCAAAGACAUAGAUACAACAAAAGCUGGAAUCAUGGAGAAGAAAGUCCAGGCCAUGAUCCCAGACAAAAUAGGAGAAGGAGAGACCACAAUCGUGACAGAAACAGAGAUCGAGAUCGUAGUGAUGAUAGAGGAGGUGGAGAGAUGGACAGAUUAAGACGCAGACAUGAAGAAGAGGAGGAAGAUUAUGAGAAACCAAAGAGACCUUCUGGAGGUAUGGGAGCAGCUAUAGCACCGCCAUCCUCACUGAUCGAAGACAUCCCUAUUGAUUCACCAGGCAGGCCUCAGUCCCCAACACUUCUUGGUCAGAGUAUGGGCUUAGGAGGUUCAGUGGCAUCUAAAAUUAUGGCCAAAUAUGGUUAUCGAGAAGGUCAAGGAUUAGGUAAAUCUGAACAGGGAAUGAGUACAGCUCUGUUUGUGGAGAAGACAAGUAAAAGAGGUGGAAAAAUUAUACAUGAAAAAGAUAUCCCUAAAGAACCUCCAAAAGAAUUACAACCAAAUACAAAUUUGUUGAGAAACCCAGCAAAAGUUAUUUUACUACGGAACAUGGUCGGUCCUGGUGAGGUUGAUGAGGAUUUAGAACCAGAAACAGCAGAAGAAUGUGGGAAAUAUGGAAAAGUUAUUAAAUGUGUUAUAUUUGAGAUACCAGGUGUUAUAGAAGAGGAAUCUGUCAGGAUAUUUAUAGAAUUUGAUAAAGUUGAUGCUGCAAUUAAAGCUGUUAUUGAUUUAAAUGGACGAUUUUUUGGAGGAAGGACUGUGAAAGCUUGUUUUUAUAAUUUAGAUAAGUUCAGAAGAUUAGACUUAGCUGAUGAAAUAAUAGAUUGAUGUUAAAUUUAUAUUUCAAUAGAGGCAGCUUGUAAUCAAUCAGGAAUUAUAAAAUUCAGAUUUAUAACCAUGGUAACUGAAGAAUUCCUAGAUGAGGACAUAGUGAAUACAUACUUUGUGAUCUAAUGAAUGGUAGUGACUGUAAUAAAACAUGUGUAUGAAUGAAAAUUUAUAUGUUAUACUGCUCAAUAUCAUGGAUCGAAUUGAAAUUUGAUCUUACAUGUGAUCAACAAUCUAAAAAUAAAUAAAGUCUAAUUCCUUCCA